GCGGUGACUGUAGCAGAAAUGUCAAAUAUGCUCAGCGGUUUAUCAAUUGUAAUUUUUUUUAGAAAGGUUGAAAAAAACGGGAUAUUUACGAGAAAAUAUUUAAACGGAAUAACAGCACAAUAGAACUGUAACAUACAGGAAAAUCCCGGGGAAAAUGGGAGGUUUGACAGGUAACGUUAAGGUUAGCUGGGUAGCUGUGAGUGAGUGACAGAAACGGACAGAGGAGUUAACAUUAACAGUUUAAACUGACAGGGAUGGAGACCUGGAGAGAGACAUAAGAAACAUCUGUGUCUGAGGUCAAGGCAAAACCCAAACUCAGGACCUGCUGCCAUAAGGAAGCUCCAGAGGUUUGCUGGCUUUACUGCUUUCUGUAAGGACAGUGCUAUUCUUGUGAAGAAGAGCCAAACUGAAAUGAUCCAGAAAAAAGGCGCCAGCAUCUCUAUCUUUCACCAGAAAUAUUCGACAUAAGGCUGUGAUUAAAACAGAUCGCAAAGUGGCUGAAUCUGUGUAGGCACCUAUUGGCUCUCCUGGCAGAAACCAGACAUGUUCUUUGCCUCCCUUCCUGCAUGACCCUGGAGUAAGUGACCUGUGAAUAGAGUCACACUGGGGAUUUUCCGAAGGCCUUCCUUUCUUCUAUAACAGUGUAUGGACGUCUGACAUUGAGAAGCCCGGCAGCACUCUGCAAACGGCACCCCAUGCAGUGCCACACAGGAGGUCUGGAACAAUCUGGGCUUGUGACCUCACCUCAAAGAAAAACAAGCAAUAAAAGAUUGAAAACAGGGACGACUACAGCAAAAGAAGGGAGAAAACAGCAGGCCAUGGCCGAGGGGAUGAUUGUUUCUCAAAGUGAACCGUGACAGAAUGGUGGACUGUAUGAGCAAAGUCAUGCUGCACACGGUUGUCUCAUGCUGGCAACCAUUCCUGGGACUGGCCCUUGUGGCUGUCUUUGUGAGUUCUACCCUGGGAUGUCCCUCGCGCUGCGAGUGUUCGGCCCAGAGCAAGGCAGUUGUCUGUCACCGCAAGCGCAUGCCCACCAUCCCGGACGGCAUCCCAACAGAGACCAGGAUCCUGGACCUGAGUAAGAACAAGUUGACAAUGAUCAACCCUGAUGACUUUGUUGCCUUCCCUGGGCUUGAGGAACUUGAUCUCAGUGGAAAUAUUAUCAGUUAUGUUGAGCCUGGAGCUUUCAACGCCCUGUUUAACAUGCACUUGCUUAGUCUCAAGAGCAAUCGCAUCAAACUCAUUCCUCUGGGCGUCUUCACAGGCUUAACAAAUCUUACCCGACUGGAUAUAAGUGACAACAAGAUUGUGAUCCUCCUGGAUUACAUGUUUCAGGACCUGCACAAUCUAAAGUUUUUGGAAGUGGGUGACAAUGAUCUGGUUUACAUUUCUCACCGUGCAUUCAGUGGACUUUUAAGCCUGGAGAUGCUAACCUUAGAGAGGUGCAACCUUACAGUUGUACCCACUGAGGCCCUUUCUCACCUGCACAACCUGGUCAGCCUCCAUCUACGAUACCUCAGCAUCAGCACUUUGCAUCCUUACUCAUUCAAAAAGUUGUUUCGGCUGCGGAAUUUAGAAAUUGAUAAUUGGCCUUCACUAGACCAUGUGCCGGCCAAUACCCUGCACGGCCUCAACCUGACCAGCCUAUUCAUAACCAACACCAACUUGUCCUCCUUCCCAUACCAAGCCCUGAAGCAUCUGCCCUACCUAACACACCUCAACCUGUCCUACAACCGCAUUAGGCACAUUGAAGGGGGGAUGCUGAUGGAACUGGUCCGGCUUCAAGAGCUCCAUUUGGUUGGAGCUCAGCUAACCGCCAUUGAACCGUAUGCCUUCCAGGGCCUGCGGGGACUCAGAGUCCUCAAUGUCUCUCACAACAGACUGGAUACACUGGAGAAGGGUGUUUUUCAGUCUCCUGAGACUCUGCAGGUUCUUCUGAUUGACAACAACCCCUUGGUUUGCGACUGUCGUCUCAUGUGGAUCCUACAGAAAAGGCACUCCAUCUUCUUUGGGGAUUCACAGCCAGAGUGCAGCACACCUGAAGGUAUUCGUGGCAGGCCUUUCAAGGAGUUUAAGGAGACUCUCCUGUCUUACUACGUGACAUGUACCAAGCCAAAAAUUCGUGAGAAUAAAACUCAAACGAUCACGGUGGAUGAGGGCCAGCAGGCGAUGCUGCGCUGCAAUGCUGAGGGGACACCAAGACCCAUUGUGUCCUGGUUGUCCCCACGUCGACGAGUUCUGACAAGUAGGAGCCAUGGUAGGGUUACUGUCCACAACAAUGGUACACUGGAGAUCAAGUCAGCAGAGGUACAAGACAGCGGAGUGUACCUUUGCCUUGCCUCCAACACUGCUGGGAAUGACACUCUGAUGACUUCAUUGGCGGUGAAAAGUCUGGGAUCACUGUACGCUAACAGGACCCAGUACUACACGGAUCCCAGCAAUACCACUGCCAAUGGGACGGCCGGUGUGACCCUCGGUUUAGACCUAAAGACUAUUUUAGUGUCAACUGCUAUGGGUUGUUUCACAUUCCUGGGAGUGGUCUUGUUUUGUUUCCUGCUCCUUUUUGUUUGGAGCAGAGGGAAAGGAAAACAUAAAAACAACAUUGAUGUUGAAUAUGUGCCUCGCUCAAAGUCUAACGGCACUAACGUUGACUCAGUAGAGGGACAAGCUGGUCCUCGUCGUUUUAACAUGAAAAUGAUGUGACUUCUUAUAUAGAACCAAGAUUCUGGAUUGUGGAAUUGCCCAAAGUACAAUGUAUUUUUAUGAAUAUCAGACUACUGAACUUCCCACUGCACCAGGGAGAGUGGUAGUGAGUAAGUUUGGGGCAUCAUAACAAGAUGAGCAGUACCUUAUCUCACUCGAUCUUGACAUAAUGCUUGGAUACUGUGUUUCAAAUACAGAAGAUCGUAGUAGGAAAUUCUCUUAUGUAAUUUCCAGCGGGAAACUUCUUCAACAUGGAUGAGGAGUGAUAACUGCUGCUGCCAUGGGGACCUGAAGGGAAUAGGUGUCAGUUAUCAGCUUUUUGAAAUUUAUAUGUCCAAAAAGGACAUUUCGUUUUGGGUUGGAUCUACAGACUCUGCUGAACCAUGUACAGUACAAAUUUGUAUCUAAGCUAUUAACCUUCUUUGUUUAGUCUUGCGCCAUGCUUAUUCACUGAACAAAUCAAUGAAACAGACCACAAUUUCCUAUGUUCGAUACAUUGCAUAUGUGUACCUAAUGCUUCAUUAUGUACAUGUAUGUACAUAUUCAUUCAAAAUAACUACUCAUAGCAAUAUUCAUGGGAUGCAUUAGCCAAAAUUGAUAUACCCCAUAUGUUCAGCAAGAACUUUCUUUAGACUUUUGAAGUUUCCAUGGAUACAGGAAGGGCUUAUAUGGGUGAUUAUAUGUCCCUGCUCCCCCAAUUGACUCCUAAAUAUUAACAAAUAUAUAUUAUUUAUCAAUGAAAAUAGAAGAAAAAAGAUUUUAUUUAUGAAAAAUGUUGAGCAAAUGUUUUGCAAAAAUCAGUCCUCAAACACUGUUCAGGAUCUAAUAUAACACUUGGAUCAUCAUAAAGAUGACCCAGUAUUGGUCAUAGUACCUACAUGAACCACCUUUUUGUCCUAUUUUUGUCUCUUUUUAUUACUUUGACUGUACCUUUGCUGGUUGGCAAAAUACAUGUGUCAAUUUUACUACAGUGACAUUUGCAUAAUUUUCCCCAGUAGGAAAUUUGGACUUUGUUGUGGUAGUUCCUCAUUUUGUUGUUGAAUCAUUUAGAUUGUGAAAACUUUAAAGUAAAGGUAAAAAAAAAUGUAUGUGAAAUAA